AGAGAACAGCUAUUCCUCAGCCUUGGUGACAUUAGUAUUUGACAGAACGCAACAGGCUUUGUGGCAAACGGAAACCAAGAGAUUUUUUACGUCUGCAUWAWCACAGAAGAUUUCCAAACGACAUUAUAUUUUCAUAGUUAUAACAGCCCUAUAAUACUUGGAGUACAGUAUAGAUGUGGUGACGCACGUAACGUAAUUCAACCCCCGCGUAUUCCACUCGUUCACGUCCGGAGAUCUUUGGAGGACGAUCAAACCUUCGAUUAUCAGUUCAAAAUGGCGUGAUCAAACGUUCUAGAGUUAAGAAAUUAACCAUUAGAAGAUUCUGUCGCAAUUAAUAUAUAUAAUGGCAAAUUUCGUGUCGGCAGUGGUUGGUGCCGUGACAGUAAUUGCAGUGAUCUGCCAUGGCGGAUUUGGGAUGCAUUUACGAAAGAGAUGUGUUCGAAUUUGUGAACAGUGGAAUGGUUUCCCAGAGCAUUUAAAGGGCUUCCCAGGGAAUGUGCGUCAGUUGCUCUCUCCUAAAUCGGGCUCACAAAGAAACUACAUCACUAAUGGGUGUGACUGUGCAGCAUUUAAGAGAAAUAGUGUUGUUAGAAAGAAAAGAUCAAUUCAUAGCAGCAUACAGCCAACUCGUCCAACCAACUCUAGCAAGGCUAAGAAUAUAUCUGAYAUCACUAAACCAACUAGCGAACCCAGCAAUGAGCCAGGUAUUGGAAUUCAGUUACCAACAAACAUUAUACUAUUGCCAGAAAAUGUUCAGAUUAGCAAUGGGUCGAUUGAAAGACGUAAAAUAUCUAAGCCGAAUGCUCUUCUUAACACGCUCUUUGGUCUGAAUACAACUGCUAGCAAGUGCUCAUCAGAUCCUGUUGAUCACAGUGUGAACAGAACUUGGAGGGCACACAAUAUCAGCCAAAUAAGGGCAAACGAUAAGGUAGAUUUUAUAAAGAAUGGAUCCGAUUGGUACGCMAAUGUCACGUGGGUGSCACCGUUAGAUAAGCGUCUCUAUGGCUACCUAGUCGUCUGGACAGCUGGAAAUGCAGGGCUAGAUCAAUAUUGCAAAGAAGUAUUGAUAACUCUUUAAAGCAUGCUGGUUCUCUUCUUGCUGGUGUUCUGGCGGGUAUUUUCCUCAUUAUUGUCUUAGUUUAUGUCCUCUACCGACGAAAAUCAUGUGGRUCACCAAGUGGMGAAGGGCAUUCUAUUAUUUCAAUGCAAGAAAACAACAAUGCAGAAGGAUUUGUUAAGAUCAAUAAUACCAUGAAACCACAAAACAAUGACAUUUACUUUGCAUCGUACUUACCUGAAAACGAAAAGUUCUCAAACGAAGUGGCGACCAUCGCCUACAAACUGGGAACCAUGGGAUAUAAGGUAACAUUUGACAAAGUCGAUUCUGUCCACAUGAACGAGAUUGGAUUCAACAUGUGGGUGGACAAGCAGAUCCNUUACAUACAGGAUUUGUUAAGAUCAAUAAUAAAUCAAUCCCUUCUCCUCCCCCCAUAG